AGAGCCCUCUGAGCACCCCCGGAUCCACUGAGCACCCACAGAGCCCUCCGAGCCUGCCCCGGACCCACCGACCCGUCCGAGCACCCACCGACCCCUCUGAGCACCCACAGAGCGCCCCGAGCCUUCCCGGACCCACCGAGCCCCCCGACCCUCCCCACUCCCCCCUUGCAUGCAGCCCCCUCGCUGGCCAUGGGCACGAAGCAGACCAAGGGCUGCCAGCCGGGCAGUGCCGGGGAGAGCCCCCCGGGCCAGCCCCGCAAGAAGGCGGCCAGCAGGGAAAGGGGCGAGUUCCUGGCUUCCCUCGUGGCCAAGUCCGGCGAGAAGUUGGGCAAGGGCGCUGGCCCCGGCUUGCCCCCGUACCACCGGCGGAUCUGCAUGAUCCAGGACAUGCUGCUGCUGGUCAAGCAGGGCAAGCAGGAGGAGGCCACCGAGCUGCUGAAGAACCUGCGGCAGGAUUUGGGGAUGGAGUCCACCUCUCUGGAUGAUGUCCUCUAUCGCUACGCCAGCUUCAGGAACCUGGUGGAUCCCAUCACCCACGACCUGAUCAUCAGCCUGGCCAGAUACAUCCACUGCCCCAAACCAGAGGGAGAGUCCCUGGGGGCCAUGGAGAAGCUCUGCAGACAGCUCACCUACCACCUGAGCCCGCACUCGCAGGGGAGGCGCCCGGGCAUCGCCAGGAGGAAACCACAGUCCUGCCUGAAGGCCGCGCUGACGGCCAAACCCCAGGACAACACCGUGGACCUGUCGGGCAUCCCGCUGAGCCCGAAGGACGUGGAGCGGCUGCGGGCGUACCUGGAGCACAGCUCGGAGCUGAUCUCCACGCUGGAGCUGUGCUUCACCGAGCUGACGGACGAGCUGCUGCUGCAGCUGCUGCCCGCGCUGCGCGGCCUGCCCCGCCUCACCACGCUGGGCCUCAACGGCAACCGCCUGACCAGGGCCAUCCUCAGGGACCUCACCGACAGCCUCAAGGACCCCAGCAACUUCCCCAGCGUCACCUGGAUCGACCUGGGCAACAACGUGGACAUCUUCUCGCUGCCGCAGCCCUUCCUGCUCAGCCUCAAGAGGCGCUGCCCCAAGCAGGGGAAUUUGCCGACCAUCCUGGAGUUCGGGGAGGGUCAGCUCGGUGAUUUGGAGGGGCACGAGGGGAUGGGGGAUGGCCAUGAGGGGAUGGGGGACGGCCACGAGGAGCUGAGGGCUGGGCCGGGCCAGGCUGGCAGCACGGACUGCGAGCGGACGGACAGAACGGCCGAGGAGAGAGGGGCCACAGCACAGACGUGAUGGCCGGCCCUGGGUGGCACCUUGAGCCACACCAUAGACACGAUGGCCAGCCCUGGGUGGCACCAAGGAGCCACAGACGUGAUGUCCAGCUUUGGGUGGCACCAAGGAGCCACAGCACAGACACAGUGUCCAGCCCUGGGUGAGCACCUUGAGCCACAGACAUGGCCAAGCCCUGGGUGGCAACAAGGAGCCACACCACAGACAUGAUGUCCAGCUUUGGAUGGCACCUUGAGCCACAGACAUGAUGUCCUGCCCUGGGUGGCACCAAGGAGCCACAGACAUGAUGUCCAGCCUUGGUUGAACACCUUGAGCCCCAGCACAGACAUGAUGUCCAGCCCUUGGGUGGCACCAAGGAGCCACAGACAUGAUGUCCAGCUUUGGGUGGCACCAAGGAGCCACAGCAAAGACGUGAUGGCCAGCCCUGGGUGAGCACUUUGAGCACAGCACAGACACAGUGGCCAGCCUCAGGUGAACACCUUGGGCCACAGACAUGAUGUCCAGCCCUUGGGUGGCACCAAGGAGCCACAGCCAUGAUGUCCAGCCUUGGUUGAACACCUUAAGCCACACCACAGACAUGAUGUCCAGCUUUGGGUGAGCACCUUGAGCAAGGAUGACUUCAAUCCUGAGCUGGGAGUGUCUAUUCCCAUUCCUGGAUGCUCCAGGAGUCCCAGGUGCUGCCUCCCCUCUGUGCCACGAAUGUCAGUGAUUCUCUUCUUGAAGAACACAUAAAAGUGAUCAUGUAGAGUUUUUGUAUUUUCUAAAAGCUGGCCAGGUGUUUUGAAUUGUCAGUGGUGUGCUGUGCUUUUGUCUCUCUCAGAAAUGCAUCUCCAAGGGGCUGCAAGCUCUCAGAAGGGCAGGAAAAGGGAGCAGGGAGGUGCCCAGGCUGUGCAGGGAAGGGCUGCUCUUCCUCAGAGCUGGAUCUCAGCUGCUCCCCACAGGAUGGACAGACAGCAGCCACCCCAAAGGGACCUGCCUGGCACAAACCUUCAAUCCUUCCCACUCCUGACUUCAGGAAUCACUGGUGAGAGGUGUGGCUGCUGAGACACAACAAAAACCUGCUCACACACAAACCAGGGAUCAAAAAUCUGCUCACACACAAACCAGGGGUCUGAAAUCUGCUCACACACAAACCAGGGCUCUAAAACCUGCUCACACACAAACCAGGGCUCUAAAAUCUGCUCACACACAAACCAGGGCUCUAAAACCUGCUCACACACAAACCAGGGCUCUAAAA